AUGAAACGAAGAGUAAUCAAAAGAAAAACGUCGCCUUCACUUUUCUCUGAAAGAAAUCGGCUAAAUUAUAAGGGUAGAAGUGAUAUAAGGGUUGGGGAAAGUGACGAUUGGAAUUUGGAAAAAAAUCGGUCGAUUGGGAAUGGUGAGCACCGGAGAGAGGUAAAACAACCAAGCUUGGCGGAGAGAGGCGAUUUCGAUGGCUCCGAUUUUGGCGUUUUCCAACGUCACGAGUCGGCGGUCUCCGAGGGCAUCUCCGAUGGGCUAAGAUCAAACUUGGACUUCCGACGGGCUCCGAGUGUCCUGGUCACGGCCUUGCGACCGCGGACUUUCCGUGGAUCUGAAGAAAAUGGGAAUUUCACUAACCCUUCCAUAGUCGGAUUUCUGGUGCCACAAUGA